AAACGCUCACGUUCCCCCGGGGGAACAGCUCUCUUUUCCUCCCACUCGACGCUCGUUGGAUCCUUUCAAUCGAACCGUUCUCCUUCCGCCACGUCGCCACCUUAUCCGUCCGCGGACCGCGCCGUUCCGGACCGCGCCGCCCCCGACCUCAUUACUGCGCCUCGCCGCGCCCCUUAAUCACGCUCUCGCGCGAGGUGGCGGAGGAAGCGAGCGGCGGCUAGGGAGCGGUUCUGGGAGAUUCAACCGCCGCUGGCGACGAUUUCCGCCGCCCACCGGAGAACGGCGGCGCCAAGCUUCGUAGUAGAGGUUCAUCGGCGCCGAUCUCCUCCCCCGCGUCGUGUUAUUCUUCGUUGCCGAUCUGUUCGGUAUUGAAGGUAGAGAGCGCCCUGAUCUAUUGGGAGACGUGGAAGUGAGAAUCUUCCACUUUUGCUACAGAUGGAUGUUUCCAAAAAAGCUGGGAAGCAACCUAUGCCUAGUGCAGAGGAUCAAGCUAAGUGGACUUCGAAAGACCGUUUUGCUGCGAAGCGUCUACGUGGUGUUGCAGAUGAGUUGAAGCCUGAGAAAAGAGCUAUUAUUGAGCAGAAGAGUGCCUUUAGUUCAUUACUAAAUGUUUCACCAUUCAACAUACCGAAUGAGCUCAUAGACUAUGUUGCGCAGCAUAUCACACCGUCUCUCCGUGAGUUCAGAGUUGGGAAGAAGCGGAUUGUUUUCACCAGAGAUAUGAUUACCAAGGUGUUUGGUAUACGCUCAGGGCAAACCCCAGUUGUUGAACUCAAAAAGUUUGAACAAAGUGCCCUUCGAGAUGUUUACAGGGGUUCUAAUCCUAGACCUGAUAUUCCUACCACCAUCAAGGUCCUGAAAGGUUGUGAUGAUACUGAUGAGGAUACUAUAGUUAGGUCCUGGGACCUCCUAUGUAUGGCUACUGUUGUUGAUCCGAAGAGCAGCAAUCAUGUUGGUAUGGACUACUUAGGUAGCAUGCUUCAUCCAUCUAGAACCCAUGAAUAUGCCUGGGAUGAGUACAUCCUGGAGCAGUUGAUGCAAGAGGUUAAGAAGAUGCAGAAGAAAAGGUUGAAGACUCCUUCUCUUAAGAAAGGGAAUUCCAAGUUUGAGUUUUGGAUCUCUGGCCCAUUUGCUGCUCUUGGUAUAAUCUAUUUGGACCAUCUUCAGUUUCCUCCCAGCAAUCAUGUCAUAGACUAUUCACUGCCAAGAGUUUGUCAUGUCAAAUGCAGUGAUUUUGUUUUUGCAGUUCAAUGUGACCUUUCCAAGUUGUUUCUUCACAACACCAAGGUUUUUGGUAGGAGACCGUUCCUCGAUAUAAGUGAAACACCAUAUGCAAAUGUACUACCUGGACGUGCCGAGGGAGCUCCUGUUGAACCUGAAGUGAACCCUUCAGCCUCAUUAAAUGAUUGGCUUGUUUUCCCUAGCAGCCAGGAACUUGAGGUUCCAGACCGUUAUAAGCAUUUGCAUGAGAAACACAAGAGCUUGUUUGCUGCUGAAUUUGAUAUAGCAAACAAGAAUUAUGUUGCUGGUGUCAAGCGUAUGCAGUCUCAAAGGAUGGCUGCUCUCCUUUGUGAUGUUGAUGCUGCAUCGCAGACACAAGAAGGUCCAAGUGUUACAUUCCAAAGUAUGCAUGGAGAUGUAAACACUGAUCUAGGAGAGGAUGUUUCUGCAGAUGAUGAUGAGCAGUCUGACAAGGAGGACUCUAGUGAUGAGGAUGUUGAUGAGGAGGAGUCUAAGGGUGCUGAUAUUGCUGUGGAUGAUCCAGAAGAGGAUGGUUCUGCAGAUGAUGAUGAUGAUGAUAUUCCUACGGCUUACUCAGAAGAUUGUGAUUUUGAGCUUGCACCAAGACAUAAUGAUGUUCCAUCACACCGCGCUGCACCGGAUGUUCCACAGCCAGCUAUUAUUAGAGACUCCUCUUUCCCAUCUGAGGAUGCUCGUGAACAUCAAUCUGUUGAUAGCCCUGUGAGAUCUCCGGUCCUAGAUGAUGCUGCUAAGCGUUGUAGGGAAAUUGCACUUGCCAAGGCCCCUGAUGCACCCCCUUUUGACCUUUUUGAGCCUGGCACCCCUGAAUGGGAGGACUUUAAUAACAUCACUAUUUUAGUACCUGAUGCGGGUGGUGGCUCUGCUGUAGGGAUUCCUGCUGCAUGCAAUGCUGCCAAGUUGCCUGCUCAAAAUAUGUCUGCUCCAGAGAUUCCUAGUGCUGAGAGCCCUCCUACUCAGAGUUGUGUUGCGAAGAUGCCUCUUCCAGAGAGCUCUGCUCAUGAGAGUCCUGCUGUGAUUGUUGUUCCUACACCCGCUGAUAUCCCCACCGCUGUCCAUGCUGCUGUACCUGCUGAUAUCCCCGAUGACAUCCCCACCGCUGUCCAUGCUGAUGCUGAUACUCCUGCUGAUAUCCCCGCUGCUGUCAUUGCUGAUGAUGCUAUCCCUGCUGAUAUCCCCGCUGUUAUUCCCGAUGCUGUCAUUGCAGAUGCUAUCGCUGCCGAUAUCCCCGCUGCUAUCCCCGCUGCUAUCCCUGCUGAUAUCCCCGCUGCUAUUCCUGAUGUUAUUCUCGCUGCCGAUAUACCUGCUGCUGCAGUAGAUGUCAUUGCUGAGCCUGUCACUCCUGUUCAUCCAAAGUCCACAGGUGCCACAGUUGUUGAGACAUCUUCAGCCAAGAACAUUUCAACUUCUUCUGGUCCUGAAACACAUGACAAGAAGAAUAGGCAUAAAAGGGCAGCAAAAGGGCCAGCUGACAGCACUCCUCCAAAGAUGAAGAAGAUUAAGGUCUCUCAAGAUACACGUGACAUCUAUGAUAAGUUUAUUUGUCAUGGUCGUAAGCUUAAGAGGCAGCCAAAGGACCGUGCUUGUCCUGAGUUUGUGAGGAUUGGACGCUACUAUUGCUCAUACAAGAGUUUCCUGGAUUCUCUUAAGCCAUGCCAUUACCUAAGCAGUGAGGUUAUGAAUGUGUGGAUUGAGAAGUUCAACCGUGAAGCAAAAAUUAUUGGUGACAAUAAUCCAAGGGCCAAGAAGAAGUUUGCCUUUACCCAGCUUAUGGUGGAUAAGUUGAUUGUCGAUCCAGCAGCAUUUGAGAUAGAAGGUUGUUUGAAAGAGUUCAAGACUCUCAACUCAAAGUUCAAGCUAUUAAAAGAUGAUCUUUUGUACUUCCCAAUUGUGAAGAACAAUCACUGGGCCGUGCCCUGCAUAAACUUGUGUUUAAAGAAGUUCCACAUUUUUGAUUCAAUGAGAAGUGCAAAGGAUGGUAGCUUGCUGGAACAAUUUGCUACCAAUCUGUUCAUAAACUUCAACAAGCUUCUCAUUGAGUGCAAUUUAACAAGAUUCAAUCUGGAUGAUUUCACCCUAGCUGACAUUGAGCACCCACAGCAAACAACAUUGUUUGAUUGUGGGUUCUUUGUACAACUUUUCAUGGAGAACUUUGACUCAAAAGUGAUGGCUCAGUUUGAUAACAAUGCUAUCCCAGAUCAUAGGAGACUUGUAGCAGCUUCUCUCAUUGAGAACAGGGACAAUGGGCAGGAUGCCGUCGAAAAGUUGAUGGAAGAUGAGUUGAUGAAAAGGAAGAAAUACCCUGCUUAGUUUUAGUUCGCACAGUAGCCUAUAAUGUUGUGUCGUUUGUGGCACUGCUAGCUUCAUAAACUAUGUAGUUGAAAGUGUUGGCCACAACAUGUUUCGAUGUUUGUCUCGCACCUUUUGUAACCGCUCAAGACGGUGCUUUCCAUGUACUGAGAUUAAAUGAUAUAAGCUACUGCAUUGGGAUCUGUUUUGUACUAAAGUGUU